AUGGCAAGGAUAAGAAGGGAGAGCGACGAAGAGGUAUUGGAUGGAUCUGAUGACUCAUAUGAUGUCUAUGAGCCGCAGCAAGAAGAUGGCGAUCUUGAGGUUGAAGAGGAUGCAUACAAUGCACUUGAGUAUAUUUCUCUUGACUGGCCUGCACAGAGCAUUGAUGUUAUGAGAGGAUACACCAUAGUGCUGGGAACAAACCCGGCGCCAGGAGAGGGCAAGCCUGGAAUGAUCAGUAUUGAUCUGUUUCCGACACAUGGAUUGAGCAAACCGGACAGGAUGGUGAUAUCGAAGAAAAAGAUAUCUGAGUCGUACAACAGGGUGCGAGUGAAUGGAGAAUCGGCGUACUGUUUGUCUGAUGACAUGUUGGUGGUGCAUGGGCCGAAGUUUGAGGUAAUUCAUACAAGACACUAUGAUGAAGGGCUUGGAUAUGGAUUGUGCUUCAGUGGCUCGGGAUGUGUGUUUGGAACCAGGGACGGAAAGAUAUCGAUGAAUGACUGGAAGCUUAAUGAGACAGGCACGGUGAAGAUUCAUGAAGGAUCGAUUGAGGGCAUUUGCUGUGAAGGAAGCAUGGUAUACUCUGGAGGAUGCGAUCAUUCGGUGGUUUUCUUUGAUGUUCGAGGCAAGGAUUCUGUUUUCAGAAGAAAGUUUGGCUCGGAUAUCAAUGCAAUAGGAUUCAACGGAGACAACACGCUUGCAUUUGGAGAUGACGAGGGUACUGUCUGGCUGAUGGAUAUCAGGAAUCAUGGCGUGGAGAAGAUAAUACGGCACAAGAGCCCGAUCAGCUGUUUGAGAUGGAAGGACAGUGAGGUUUUUGUUUCUGGCAGCGAUGAGCAGCUGUGUAUCUGGGAUGUGUCUCUUGAUGUAGCCGAAGAGGAUGGGUAUCUUCUGUUUGUGCACCAGGGGCAAAGGUUCUACAAGGAUGUGGCGUUUUGCAGGGGAGACAGUAGCUUUGUUAUAACGACCAGUGCUGAUGGCCUGUGUGUGUUCAAUCCGAUAUCGUUUAGCCGUGAGGAGGAGCAGAAUGGUGAUGGCUGA